GUUUCAUCGUUUGAUUGGUCUUUAAAAUAGAAACCAUGUGCUUAUUUUCCUGAUAAGUUUGCCCGACGCUAAUAACUCGAAAGUAAUCGCUUAAUAUGGCGGCAUACGAUUUUAAAAAGAAAGAAGAGGUAGAAGAAUAUUUAAAGAAUCUUUAUAUAGAAUAUCAAUUUGGAUGUUUAAGUGAGAAGAAAGCUGAAGUUUGCCAUCUUUUGGGUGAUUAUCAUGAAUCUAUUAAGCAAAAUCCCAAGGAGGCGCUAAAUCUGUAUAAGAAAAAUUGUGACGAACGCGGUUAUGGGAAAAGUUGCACAAAAUACGGCGAUUACAGAGUAAUGGGUACAGAGUGUGAGAAAGAUUCCAAAGAAGCAUUCAAAUACAUGCAAAAAGGUUGUGAUAAGGACGAUGCAAGAGGCUGCCUUCACGCAGGCGCUCUUGCGAUAUCUCAAGAAAAACUCGAGCCAGUCAGGGGUACUCAGGUCUUGCUUGGAAUGAAACUAUUAAAAAAAGCUUGCGAUUUAAACCAAGAGAAAGCUUGCUUCUUUUUGUCAAGCAUUUACUUAAGCGGUAUCGAGGGAUACGUAGAAAAGAAUUUAAAAGAGGCCUAUAAACUGUCGUUAAGAUGUUGCGAAUUAAAUAACCCAUAUGCUUGUGCUAAUUUAUCUAUAAUGCACAAGAGGGGCGAUGGUGUGCAGCAAAGUGCAGAGCUAGCAGAAACUUUCAAGACACGAGCUAACGAAAUAUUAAGGGAUCUAAAAGAAAAUAAGAGACCGUUGAAAUUUCAUCAGGGAAUCGAUCCUUAUUCUACGAUCAACAGUGUUUUUUAUCUCUGUGUAGUAUUAACACUUUACCGACCGCUAGCAGUUCAACAGCAUACGCACGUCCGACCGGCAGUUCGGGCGCAGAUUCUGUUCUGUUUCGGUUUAGACUCUCCAAUACCAUUCUUUUUGUUCAUCGCGAGUGAAAGCUGGUUUAAAAGCUGUUGGCCAGUUUGUCGGUAUACCAGAAAGACCAUGCGGUGCUACCUGUUCAGUGCGAGCAGCUCGAUCACGGCCAUACUCGCUGUUGCGUUCCUCGGCCAUAGUGCCUUGGUGGCCGGCGGCGAGUCGAAUGCAGCGAUAGAUGUGGGAGUUUAUUACGAAUCGCUAUGCCCAGAUAGCAUACGGUGGAUCAAGCAGCAACUAUUGCCGCAAUACGAUGUAUUGAAAGAUUACAUCAGAGUCACUUUCGUUCCGUACGGGAAAGCAUCGCAUUGGCAAGAUCCAAUCACGCAAAAAUGGCGCUUCGCGUGUCAGCACGGAGAAGCUGAGUGCAAUGGGAACAAGGCUCAGGCGUGCGGUAUUCACGCGAUUCAGAACGGAGAAACGGCUGAUAAGGUUCAACAACAUACCGUGGCGCUAGUUGGUUGCGCAAUGACCUCGCAGUUUCCGCCAUCCUCUCUUUCACAGUGUGCCAAGAACGUAGGAUUGAGCGAGCAGAUCCAAGAGAAGAUGAACGAGUGCGUCAAGAGUUCUCUGUCGGACGAUCUGUUGGUCGCGUAUGGCGAGAAAACGAAAGAGUUGGCCGGGAGACUCUCUUUCGUUCCAACGAUCACGAUCAAUGGGGAGAUACAAAGCAAGGCGCUGAACAAUUUCUUUAAACUAAUUUGCGACAAACUGACGGAGGGGGCGAAACCGUCUCGAUGCAGCACAGCUUGAAAAUAAACCGUUGCUCAACCCUAUCGCCACUAAAACAUCUCUGUAGUGGGUCAGAUUGCUUUUUAUACAAAGCUUGCUGCAGCAUGUCGUCGUUACGAUCCGCGCGAGGGGCCAUUACAGUAGGUUAACGACAAGCUCGAUAUAGGAAAAAAAAAGAGAAGGCGGUACUUAAGCUGUUAGACUAAUCCGAUUAGCUCGAAUGCUUGUCGAGUGCCGCCACAGAUUUAUCUAAUUUAGUUGACUCGAAAUAUAUCCUUCCAAGUUUUUACACCAGAUCUAUCGAUCAACUAGAACGCAGUUAGUCGAUCGACAAACAACGAAUCAAGUAUUUCCUUUUUACGAUUUUGUCAUUUUUCCUCAAACGGAAUAACCAGUUAAUGUACAAUUUGCGGAAUUUCGUCGGUUUUACUAGCACGUAAGUUUUGUUAACAUAAGCAACGGGGUACUUAUUAAUAUCGAUAACUCGUGACUCGUGAAGUCUAGAUCGUUAAAAAUUUUACAAAUCACGAGUUUAUUAUUCCUCUUAUUAUUAUUAUUCUUAUUAUUCUUCAAACUUAUUCGAAUGCUUUGAAUUCAAGUAAUUCGAAUUAUAUUAAUACGAACGAGGACUCGUUGUUCGUAACG